CUCGUGGACACCAGGAUCGAGGCCGCGUGGCCCGAGCGGGAGCGUGGGGGCUGGGGCAGGGACUUGCUCACGGGGUUUCUCUUGCAGGUUGGGCACGAGCCACUACCUCCAACUGUUGGAAGAAACGUGCUGGGAAGGAAAGUCCUGUACCUGCCCGGCUUCUUCACCUACGGUGAGCGAACGUCCCUCCCUGGCAGCCCGAGAGGCCUCUUCCGCGGGCUGACUCCUCGCCUCAUCUCAAGCACUUUAUCAACCAUCACCAGGGGGAGCGUGAAGAAGGCCUUUCCACUGGAAGACAUGGAGCACGUUUCUAACAAGGAUGAUGUGAAGACCUCCCUUAGGAAAGUGGUGAAAGAGACGUCUCACGAGAUGAUGAUGCAGUGCGCCUCCCGGGUUGUCUCUCAUCCUCUGCACGUGAUCUCCAUGCGCUGCAUGGUCCAGUUCGUAGGCCGGGAAGUCAAAUACAGCGGUGUGUUCAGCGCCAUUGGCAGGAUAUUUAAGGAAGAAGGGAUCCUGGGAUUCUUUGUCGGUUUAGUCCCUCACAUCUUGGGGGACGUCAUCUUCCUCUGGUGCUGCAACCUCCUGGCUCACUUCAUUAACACCUACGCAGUGGAUGAUAACUUCAGCCAGGCAUCGGUGAUCCGGAGCUACACAAAAUUCGUGAUGGGGAUCGCUGUGAGCAUGCUGACGUACCCGUUCCUUCUCGUGGGAGAUCUCAUGGCAGUGAACAACUGUGGAUUGCGUGCCGGCCUCCCUCCCUACGCUCCCGCCUUCACAUCCUGGAUCCAUUGCUGGAGGUAUCUCAGUGCUCAGGGGCAGCUGUUCCGUGGCUCCAGCCUGCUCUUCCGCCGAGCGCCCAUGCCAGCCGCCUGCUUCCCCAUCGACUGA